CAUGUUUAUUUCUUUGUGGGAGUUCUUCUACGAAAACUUUUUUCGAUAUUGGAUGAAAUGGAUCUUACGACAGAUGACUGGGAAGUGUGAAUUGCAACGAAUUUUUGAUACCUAUGUAGGUGCACAAAGGACACACAGGAUAGAAAAUUCCUUGACAUACUCCAAGAAUAAGGUUUUACAGGAAGCUACACAUGUCAUGCAGGGUGAAGUGGACAAACGUGUAGAAGAUAUAAUGAAGGAAAAGAAUAUUAACCCUGAGAAGGAUGCCAGUUUUAAAAUCUGCAUGAAGGCUUGCUUACUGCAGAUAUCUGGUUAUAAACAGCUUUAUGUGGAUGUUGAAAAUGAGAGAAAAAAGCCAUAUGAUUCUGAUAACCUGCAACAUGAAAAGCUACUCCUCAAGCUUUGGAAUCUUUUAAUGCCCAAGAACAAGUUGAAGGCUAGAAUCUCCAAGCAGUGGGCCGACAUUGGUUUCCAGGGUGAUGAUCCCAAAACAGACUUCAGAGGCAUGGGCAUACUUGGAUUAAUCAAUCUUGUGUAUUUCAGUGAAAAUUAUACCACUGUAGCUCAUCAGAUUCUUUCCCGCUCAAAUCAUCCAAAAUUAGGGUAUUCUUAUGCAAUAGUUGGAAUCAAUCUUACAGAGAUGGCUUAUAGCUUGCUGAAGAGUGAAGCUUUGAAGUUUUAUCUCUACAACUUUGUUCCUGGUAUACCAACAAUGGAACACUUUCAUCAGUUUUAUUGUUAUCUUGUCUAUGAAUUUGACAAGUUUUGGUUUGAAGAAAAGCCAGAAAGCAUAAUGUAUUUCAACCUCUAUAGAGAGAAGUUUCAUGAGAAGAUUAAAAGACUGUUACUGGAUUCUAAUGUAGCACUUACUUUAAAAAUAUAAAUCAUCCAUAGUACUUCUAUUUCUACCACAUUUUGCACUCCCAAUAGAAUUUAUAUGUUGUUAUAGAAAUUACUGACCAGUUACAUUCCUAUAUAUAAUUUUUAACAAAAAUAUUUCAGAAAUUCUAUUUACAAAAGCUGGUGGACAAUCAGUGUAUGUUUACAGUUGCUUAUACACUGUUCUCCAAAGGUACCUUGCCCUUCCAAAGAUCCCCUCUGUAGAGUCACGUGAACUACAGUGUGGAACUUGGGACUUAGCCCAUUUCACAUAAAAGUAUAAAUCAGGUAUUUGUAUUAAACCGGUUGAUUAAAAUGUGGAAAAAUUAGUUUUCAUUUUUAUGUAUUGUAGCUAUCCAGUUGGCAUCUUUUGAAGGCCCUUUUAAGGUUACUGUUUUUUAGUGUGGAAAUGGCAUGUUUUCUGCAUCUUUUUUUAAAUUUCUAAAUUAAUUAACAGCAAGAGUAGUUCUUUAUAAUUAUUUUUACAUCCCAGUCACACGUCUUAAUGUUGCUUCAUUUGUAGCAGCAAGAGCAGAGAUAUGUCAGAGAGGAUUAAGAAUCAUGUCCUUUUUGGUUCUCCCUGAUUAUUAGGCAUGAAAAGUAAUGAAAGAAUAACAGUGUUGGUGACUAAUUUAUUUGAAAAACUACUAUGCUUUAGAAUCUUGCAGUGUUAUUUUGAAGCUAAAAGGCAUUUUCUCAUCUUUAGUAUUUGAUUUUUAUCAGUGGUAGAAAAAGCUUUAGUUAUUGCCUGGUCUGAAAGCCUUUUACGAAGCUUCUCCAUCUGUGUGUAUUUUUGAAAAGAUGUAUUUGCUAAGAAAAUCUUGACUGUACUUAGAGGACAGUUUCUAUUUCAAUAAAGCUGUUCUUGAAAAAUUAGAGGAAAAGUUAAAGCUUUUUAAAAACCUCAGUUAAACAUCAUCGGUUUAUUUGACUGUUCACUCCAUGGUCUUUUUAGAUAAUAUUGUAUGGAUAUAUGGGUAUUCCUUGAGUUAACAAUCUGUAGCAUUCUAAAAUAGCCUGAGGAUGAUGACUGUGCAUUUUGUAUGGCUUUAUUCUAAAAUCUCAGGAGGACAGCAAAUGCUAUCAAGGAUGAUGUAGUGAUGAGAUUCUAAUGGAGAAGGAAGUGUGUUUUGACAUUUGUACUCAGCAAAAGAGCUAAAAGAGCUUGAAGAUAGUGAAGUUCAUCUGAUUACUAAGCUCUCCUUUAGUCCUUCAGAAACGAACCUGUUAAAGACAGAAUUUAAUCUAAAACAUGAUGAUAUUUCCCACAUCUUUUAACAUUGUAUAUAUCAAGUGUUUAAGGACUGGCUCUUAUAUGAGAUAGCAACACUUGAGACUUUUAAGUGUCCAUUCAUUGACAAACCUCUCUCUUAAUCCUUGCCAAAGAGAAGAGUGGUAAGAAAUAUCCAACUGGAAAAUAAGAGAUGCAGCAUUGGAUAGCACAUACAUUAAAAGUGCACACUUUAAAACAAUUAUUUUCUAAACAAGAGAAAACUAUUUUUUAAAGUUAGUUUAUUUUAUUAUUAUAAUAGUGGUGCUUUCUUGAAGGGGCUUCUCAACCUUGGGAGUAUCGUAAUUUUUUUUUUUUUUUUAAAUGUUUUCAUGCUUUACCAUCCAGCUAGAGUUCUAUGGUAUGUAGCAAAAUCCUGACAAGGAUCAGGUGUUAUCUGUUAAAAUUCAUUGUCUCAGGAUGGUAACAAUUACAUGGAAGCCAAUUUUGUUAGUCUUUUAAUUUUUAUGUUGAAAAUAUUUAUAUUUUAAUCUUUCAACAGCUGGGAUCUUGAACUGAUUUAACCCUUUGUCAGUGUACGUAACAAAAGAGUGAUUGGAGUAUGGAAGGGAAAACUUUUUAAGUAGUUCAGUUUUUCCCUUUUUAGGGAUUAAAAAAACCCUGUACGUCCUUUACUGUUAAGAAACCAUUGUUGCUAUAAAGUUUGCUCAAUAAUAUGUUCUUUAAAUCCACCUCCUUUUGUACAUUAUAGGUAUGGGUCUGUUUUCAUUUAAAAUAUUCAGUAACCAUUUCAGAUAAUUCUAUAGCGAAUUGGUCUAAAAGCCACCAAUAAUUCUAAAACUUGAUAAUCUGGAAGCCAAACUCAAUGUCACCAGUUGUAAAUUAGAAUGUGAGAUAGCCUUCUGAUCUAUAUGUGACACUGACGUACAUGAGGAGAAAAAUACAAUGAUUGUGUAUGCCUUUCUGCUUGGCUUUCAGCAUAUGUAUGUUAGAAGUUUAUGUAGUCUUAAAAUGUGUAUUUAGAAUCUUACCUUUUUCUAUAAUAAUUAAUAAAAUGCUAAAGUAGCAAUAGAAUAUUAUGACAUUGUAGUAGCAGGAAAAGUGUGUUUAUUUUAGCAUCAAAAAGUGUUUCAGUGUUGAAAUGAUUUUUUUUAUGUAGUUGGUCGGAAAGUUUGCCAGUGACAAGAAUAGUCUCAGUGUGUCAUUAGAAGGGUUAUAGUUCAAAUAUGUUCUGAAGGACAAUCUUUAAAGAAAUGAGAGAAAUCAGGGGGUAUUGAUGAACCUAAACUAACCUCUUUUUGCAUAUAAAUGGUGAUAUAACUGUAUAUAUCAGUGUCUUACUGGCACCAUUUACAGUUAAGAAAACAAUCUUUUUCUUCAAAAUGCCCAUCCUGAUUUUUUUCUAUUUUAAGAACUAGGUACUUGGAUUUGUAUGUAUUUUUCUAUGUGAAAAUAUAUGUAUUCUUCAUAUUUAUUCCAGUGUUCAUAAUUGUUCAUAUUUUCUUUCUCCCCUUUGAGAUCCUUCAGUGAAAUAGACUUGGUGAAAGAUUUGCUUAAAGGAGAAGCAUUACAUGAGUGUGAAAAGUGGACUUGCCCAUUGCCAGAGCAGAAAAGAUUAAACUGUUAUCAUGGCAUAGAAGAGAGGCGGUUUGGCUUGGAGGGCAGUAACGUUUAUUUAUCUUUCUUGAAAUUAUGGUUAGGGACCAGCAGCUGUUUUCUCAGGAUAAAUGCUCCACCCCACUUGUCUAUGAACAAGUCUGGGGAAGCUUAAUUUCCAUUUUCAUAUUUAUGAAUCUCACCACACAAUUUUUAAAUGAAGAUUAAUGGUAUUGUUAAAAUCUGAGAGAAAUCAUGGCUUGAACUUUUUACUCUUCUGGCUUCAACUUUUGUUGAGAAAAACUAAAAAUGUGCAGGUAAAAUAUAACUGCUGCAUUAUCAUAGGGCAAUUCUACAUUUCUGUUAAAGUAUUCGAAAACUAUUUAAGUAGUAGUUUCCCUGGGGGGGGAAGUGCCCAUUGGCAAUUUAAAGAAAUUGAUCUGUGUCUACUUUUAACUAAGACGGCUGACUUCUUAUGUAAAAGCAGUAGUGUGAAAUGUGAUGUCAUUUUGUUCGGAAUAUUAAAUGAGCAAAUAAAAAAUAUGUUGAAAUUG